GCCACAUUUCCCACAGUGUGUGAAGGCGGCGGUAACGUGCUCGGUAACCGGGGCGGGUCCAUGCGUGGUGGCGCUGGGCGUGGGCUCCUCAUCCCCGCUCUGCUCUCUCUGUCUGCGGGAGCACAUUGUUCAACGCGGGCUCGGUUCACGCACAGAACCCACGAACGCCCCGGCGCAUUGUGUUUCCACUGAACACUAAAACGCUGCCAGAGCCAGGAAGCAGAAGAAGAAGAAGAAGAAGAAGAAGAAGAAGCAGCUGCGGGAGAUAACCGGAGGAACCAACAAAUAAAAACACACACAAAAAAAAAAAAACAACAACCAAGAAAAUUGAGUUUCCUCUUGCAAGAUUUUUCUCCGGUGGUGGACCGAGCCGACGUCGCUAAUUAGACCCCUGCUUGUUCAGUGGUGAGUGUGGUGAGCAGCAGCGGAAAAGAUGACGGAGUAUAAGCUGGUGGUGGUGGGAGCUGGAGGCGUGGGCAAGAGUGCACUCACCAUCCAGCUCAUCCAGAACCACUUUGUGGAUGAAUAUGACCCCACCAUAGAGGACUCGUAUCGGAAACAAGUUGUGAUCGACGGGGAGACCUGCCUGUUGGACAUCCUGGACACUGCAGGUCAGGAGGAGUACAGCGCCAUGAGGGACCAGUACAUGAGGACAGGGGAGGGUUUCCUGUGUGUCUUUGCCAUCAACAACACCAAGUCUUUUGAGGACAUUCACCAGUACAGAGAACAGAUUAAACGUGUAAAGGACUCGGACGACGUUCCCAUGGUGCUUGUCGGAAACAAAUGUGACCUCCCAGCACGCACUGUGGACACAAGGCAAGCCCAGGAACUCGCCCGCUCCUACGGCAUCCCUUACAUCGAGACCUCUGCCAAGACACGACAGGGAGUGGAGGACGCCUUCUACACACUGGUCAGAGAGAUCAGACAGCAUAAACUGAGGAAGCUGAACCCACCUGAUGAGAGCGGUCAGGACUGUAUGAGCUGUCGCUGUGUGGUAUCGUGAUGCAGCUUACAGUUGGACGUUGAGAAUAAAUGCUACGGCGCGUAGCGGCAGCAUGGACUUAAAGGCAGGAAGAUAAAAACAACUCAAUGAUGAAAUAUAAACUUUUUUAAAAAGAGGACGAUCGAAGCAAAACGCUCUCAAGGAAACAACCAGAGCUGACUGAACCAUAGACCUUUUAUGUAAAGGAUUGUUGCCUAUCAAGUGGCCUGGUCUGGUCCCUUUUGUUUCUUUUUGGUCCACACGUCGACCUGUGAGCUACACCACUAAUGACUCUUUGUCAACUCCAGUGCAGCCUCGCUGGGUAGCUAACUUAUUGUUUUCAGUCUCAACACUGGUCUUAAAGGGGGUGUCACCAACCGCCCUCCUACAUUUGCCUAAUCCCGCUCCCCUUUGCCUGACCACUGGAAGGACCGACCGACUGACUGAAAUGGAAAGGACUGGAAUGGACAAUUAGUUACCCUAACAGCUCUUACAUGAAUUUACAUCUCUGCCUGACUACGCCUGACUCCGCCUGCCUUUGGUUUUCCUCGAUUGGCCUCAUCAUACUGAUUAGCGGGGGUGGAGGUUGACGUGGGAAAGACUAUUAUUUGUCAUUGUUGUUUAACAGUUAGCCGAAAAUUUUGAUUUUGAUAUGGAACAUUUGUGGUGAUUGGAGGAUUUCGAAAGUCCCUGAGCACUAUGUGAGCAAGGGUGUUUGUUUCCAACGACACCCGGUUUGACUUUUUUUUCAUGACUUGCCUGACAUAGAAGUUCUUUUUCAGGGUCGAUAUCUCAAAUGGAAAAUAUAAAGAUUGAUGAAUUUCAAGAAUUCAGCUGCCUUCUCUCCUUGCAGAUGUUUCAUUGCUAAGAGUUGUCUUUGUGAAUUGAUAAUAAUAGUAACAGCUAGUGUACGUAGGUUCUGGUGCAAUAGGAUUCUUAACUGUCCAAUGAACACAAAGUAUUGGGAAUAAACCACCUCUCAUGACUACUUAUUUUCCUGUUUUACUUCGGUGGAGGGAGGAGAGGUACAGUGCAUGAAAAUGUAGUUGUCAUCAUUGCAGUUGCAGGAGAGGCAACCUGUAGAUAUGAAUGAACGCAGAUUAUGGUUUUAGGUGAUUUAUUUUUUUUCAGCUUUCUUUCCAGUAACUGCAGAACGCGUAUAACUUAUUUACUACAUGGUGAUUACAGUUAGCUUUAGAUUUUCCAAGGAUCGCUCCUUGUUAAUAAUAAGGCUCAGGAUAAGGUGGGGGGGGGGGGUCCGGUAAGGGUCUCCUCAGUCCUGGGACAGUCCUGGAAACCAGGGCUACGGAUGUCACAAGAAAGCUUUGUAAUGCACAAGUCCUGCCUCACUUCAGUUUUUCCCUCACACCAAGCUAUCCUCAAACUACUCGUCUGUCUCUGCAACCUCAGCUCUUCAAAGACUCAAAUACAGGUCAGGUGCUAAUCAUGUCACAACCAUAUAUACAUACUUUAUAUGUGGGGCUGUUGUGCAUAGUAAGCGAUGGAUGUUGGGUUAUCUUUGCUUUUUUUUUAACACUGACUAUCUCGUGCUCUCCACAACUGCAUUAACUUUGCUGCCUAAAUGAAAAAAAGAUUGCUCUGUGUUCACUUGGCCUUAUGUUAUCUAGUUUGUACCUCAUGUGUGCAGCAAGCUCUACCUGAGAUGAUUAUGAUGUUCUGCUUGCUGCAUUGUUUUGUUCAUGUUCUAUUGUGUGCAACUAAAAAAAGAUAUAGAAGUGUGUUGAGUUUAGACAUGCACUGUACAGAAAUUGAAAGACAGGACAAGCCCAUAAAAACACUACACUGAUUAUUAUUAUUAUUUUUAAUAUGGGGGGGUUUGUUCUCUGUAAAAGCAUGUGAAUGUGAUCCUGUUUAACACGACUGAAAAACAAGAAACGCCCAGUACAAGCCAAGUUGUCUUGCUCUCAUGUUCAUGAAGUUUUAUUUCUGUUCCUUUGGGAUAUAUGACGAUAACAAACAUAAUUAAUACAGUUUACUUUCACAGUUUUGAUAAUUGGUCAUGUAUAAUAAUGUUCCAACACUGGAGGCAGAUUUUGGCAACAACCUUUAGAUGCAAACCUUAAAAAUGUCCCGCGCCUCCUCCUCCUCCAUGAAAGAUGUCAAAUGUUGUUUUGCCGUUGUUUCAUUUCCACAGAGUUUGUGUUUUUUAUUGAUUUUGUACAGGUAAAGUGAUUCUUUUUCCAUACAUAACAUUGCUAAAAAAUAUGACCAGUCUAGUAACUGUGUGGAUGAUAGUGGUCAAGUUUUUUAUGAGUUAAUUCCUCUGCUUAGACAACAGAUUUGAACUGUGAAUGUGUUUGAGUCUUUAAAUAUUGUUUUCAAGAAGCGUUGUGUUUAAAAAAAAAAAAAAUUACAAUACUGAAAUAAUGCGGGAGUUGGUCCAUUUUUUUGGGCUGUGUUGUUCCUAACUUUCAUUUUUCACCCGUCGUACUCAAACACUUUCAAUGGAAGAAAAAGAGUUUGUAACAUGUACUUACAGUCCGAAUAGCGUGUCAUCUCCCUGUCGACCUUUAAACAACACAUACAUAAUAAUACCAUAGAAUUCCCAAAAGAUCUAUGCAUUCAAAUUCCCAUCACAUUAGAAUAUAAGCGUCAUGUUUCCACGGUGAUACUCUAGCCAGCAAACCACAAGUAUAUGUGUCAGAAAACCUGGCGAGCAUGACAAAGACUGUACGGACCAUUGGGAGUUUUGCACAAGGAAUACAGUGUGCUCAAGGGCUCGUUUCUCCCCCUUGCAAACUGUGGAAUGGAGGCGUGGAAGGAAUUUGUGAAAAUGUCAACUGUUUAGCUAUUUAAGAUGUAUUUACUCUUUAAAAAAAAAUGUGGCAAAUGUAUUGCAGGACAGGAAUAAAGAUGUUAAAGAUGAAA